AUGGACCUGUCUAAACAGAUUCGUCGCAUAGCUGUAAUCGGAGCUGGGCCGGCCGGCCUGGCUGCGGUAAAGUAUCUACUGGCCGAGAAAUGCUUUGAGAGGAUAGAUGUCUAUGAGAGAAGGAGCCAUAUGUCUGGAGUCUGGAACCACAGUCCGGCUACGCUCAAGGAGUCCACUUCUAUCCCAAUACCACAGCUCAGUCCGACUGGAGUACUAGAAGAGCCGGUAUGGCUUCCUAAAGCGGGCUCCAAAGAGGAAGAACCAACAUUCAUCUCUCCCGUAUAUGAUACGUUGGAUACAAACCUGCCCAAGGAAUUGAUGGCAUAUGGAGAGAAGGAGUUUCCACCCGAUGUCCAGGACUUUCCUCGACAUUUCACAGUCAAGGAAUACUUGAGAGAGUAUGGAGAGGAGGUCAAAGAGUUCAUCCAGUUCGAGACCCAAGUGACCGACGUCCGAAGGAACAAACAAGAUAUGACAGGCUGGACAAUAACAACCAAAAAUCUACGCACUCGAGCCACUACAACCGGCUCAUAUGAUGCCGUAGUUGCCGCGAGUGGGCACUUUGACGUCCCAUAUCUGCCGGAGAUUCUCGGAAUUAAGGAGUGGAAUGAGGCGUAUCCGAAUGUGAUAAUCCAUUCCAAAUUUUAUGAUUCGCCGGCUGCGUUCAAAGAUAAAAAGGUGAUUGUCAUUGGAAGCUCUGCGUCUGGACUCGAUAUUGGAAACCAGAUCAACGAAGUGAGCAAAGACAAAGUCCUGGCCUCGCAGCGCACAGAGGCCUAUCUGUCUCCAAGCGCAACGGACAAGGCCUACUAUCCCGAGAUAUCCGAAUUUCUCCCACCAAGUACCCACGAGAGGGCUGUCCGAUUCGCGGAUGGUAGAGUCGAGCAGGAUAUCGACGCGAUUGUUUUCUGCACGGGUUUUCUUUACUCUUUCCCCUUCCUAUCCUCGCUAAACCCGCCUGUUAUAACGCACGGCCGCAGAGCUCAAAACACCUACCAGCACCUGUUCUACAUCCAUGACCCUACGCUUGUCUUCCCUGCAUUACCUCAGAGGGUUGUUCCAUUUCCUCUAUCUGAGAAUCAGGCUGCAGUAUUCUCACGCGUGUGGUCCGGCCGUCUUAGCCUUCCAUCUACAGCCGAGAUGGAGGCAUGGGAAGCUUCGGUAGUUGCUGAGAAAGGUGAUGGCCCUGCAUUUCACCUCUUGCCGUUCCCGCGAGACGCAGACCAUCUGAACAUGCUGCAUGAAUGGGCCUCCACAGCGCAGACUCGCCCCGGACUUACCAACAACGGGCACGGGAAACAGUGUAAUCACUGGGGCAAGAAGGAAAGAUGGAUGCGAGAGGGGAUUGCAGAAACGCGGAAGGCAUUCUUUUCUAAAGGCGAAGCGCGACGCUCGAUCAAAACCCUUAAAGAGCUUGGGUAUGACUUCGAAACGUGGGAAAACGAGCAGCAACACUGCCCAUGA